UAUUUCCUAAAUCGACGUUCUAAUAAAAAUGGAUUUUCAUAAAGAGGACUAACGAUUAUUGAUGAAGCAUUUUGGUAUGAAACGACUGGAGAAUCUAUCUACAAUAUAGAUGUCACUUCAUGAACAAAGUCAAAAAAGGGAAGAUAUUACAAACCUGAAAUUGACGUCAGUGUAAAAUGAAAAUACUGAUUCCGUUAGUAUGGUGUGUACUGGAACUCAGCUCUGCUGAAAUAUCCCAACAAAUUUCGAAAUUUUUCUUAACAAAAGAUCAUCGUGCCAGUUCAACAGUUGGAAAUAUUUCAAGUCGAUAUUCAAAUUCAUCUCGCUCAAGAGGUGUCAGUAUUCAUACCUAUCUAGAAGCCGAACGUAGGAAAGAUUAUAUCAGGAGACAAAUUUGCCAUAUUCUAAAAUGUGAGGCCAAUCAACAGCCAUCAACCUACCCUUCAACUAUAAAGCCACAAGUACCAAAAGACAACACGCCUGAUGAGCCCAUACUGUCCGAACCUGCAGAUUUUACAAAAGACUCAAGUUGCAUGCAAUUCCCAAUUCCAGUCCAAUAUCUGGAUCCAGGCGUCAAACUAAGCAAUGGAGAUAUAAGGGUUUAUAUCAAAGUGAAGAAGAGAAAAAACAGGAAAAGGAAACGAAAGAUCUCCCUGAAAGUGUCUCUUAUAGAUAAUAAUAAUAAUCAAACUGUCAUUGCCAGUAGGAAAUUCAAGCUUAAAAGUACAAAAUGGCAAAAUAUUCAUCUCCCAUCAACUUUGAUAAAAUCAAUCAAAAGACAAAAAAUGGAAGUUUUGAAAAUCUGUAUUCAUUGCAACAAAUGCAGCAAAAAGGUACAGGUGGAGUUUCCAUUAAAAAAUAAAUCUAAAAGAAGGAAGAAGAAGAAGAAGAAGAAUCAACGUCGACGAAAAAUGAGAAAGAUAAAAUUAAGAAAAAAUCGUCCAAGGUUAUUGUUAUUUUCAAAACGAGAGGGGAUAUCAGAAAGGUUUCGCAGACAUACGUUUAAAACUUGUGCUACUAAAUGUUGCAAAAGAAUCCGUUUUAUUCCUUUUAGUACUUUACAUUUACCUCAGGAUAUUCUGUUUCCGAGCGGUUUUACAUAUGAGGAAUGCACGAAGUGUUCCGAAAGCUUUGAUACCAUGACCUCUGACCUUGCAAAGGAUGCCACUGUAUGUAAAUCAACACAGAAGUCUCCACUUAACCUUGACAUCAAAUACAAAGAUGGCAUUGAGUUCACUCUGUCUAUACCUAAUGUAAGAGUUAACAAAUGCCAGUGCCAUAUACAAUGAUCAAUAUUAGUGUGAAUUUUUCUUGUGUUUUAACGGGUAAUUGAAUUUAUAGCAUAUUUUUAUGAUCGUGUGUAUGAUUGUAUUUUGUGAUCAGGAAUUGUUUGUACAUGUAAUGAUAUGCUGUUCAAAUGAAUCUCGAUUAGAGUUCAAUAUUGUUAUACUAUAAUUCUACCGAACAAAUCCAUUUUUGAGUGCUUCGUUUGCACUGUUGGAUCAAAGUAUUCCGUAAUUUCAGAAAUCCCUUUUAAUCACAAAUGACAUUCUUAUUCGUGUUCCUUACUUAUGAAGACACAAUUAAUCAAUUUUUUACAUUCAUAUAUAAUAUAAGAAUAUAAAUCACAUUAACAAGGAUUAAACCUACCAAGCAGAAUGAGCCCUGAGUAAACCUUAACUCAGUAGUCAUAAUUUAAAUAAAAUGAAUAUGUUCACAAAUCAAACUGUCUCUCAAACAUUAUUUUGUUUAGAAAAUGUGAUUUCCAUGUUAUAUGUGCGAUAUUUUUAUCACCCCAUACAAAUCAUUAAUUUAUAAAGAUGAUUUCAAACGUAGAUCUAUAUAUAGCAUUUUGUGAAUAUGGAUUUAACGGAUAUUCCUAAAUUGAAGUAGAAUGUUUUUACAUUAGAUUGAAUUUGAUACACUGGUGCUAGGAUAAUGUUUUUUAUUACGAAGUCAAAAUGAUGAUGCAUAAUCAAUAAAAGAUAUUGCUGAUAUAUAAAAUCAUAAGUGUCUAUCUUGCCUCUUACAAAAUUUCCAAUCUUUAUAUUUUAAAAUUCAUCCAAGUACAAUUUUUUUUUUAUUUUAUACCCAUUAAGUAAAAAAUUCAUCUUUUCAAAUUUUGCAUUUUUUUCAACC